CUUGGGAUUUAAUACUGGCCCAAAAUUUAUUGAUCGCCUGCUGUGCAUCCGGCAUUUAGUGUACUAAGCGUUGAAGAAACAGGUGAAUGAAGCCGGGGCAAGUCCUUUCCUGUGUAUAGACUCUGGUCCUUGCCCUGGUCCGGGCGGGCGGGUAGUCUAUUCCAAACGUGUGCAUUUCUGGAGAUCCCAAGAUGUGAAGGGCUGCAAGGACUGUCCGCUCACAGAGUCUCUUGGGAGUGCAGAUCCCUGGCUGUAGGGCCACGUUCCCCGUUCCUCUAAACUCUUUCCCCGACCAUAUAAGGAGAGGCAGCUGCUGGGGCCGUCCCCAGGAUCUAAAGAUAGCAGCCCCUGCCCUGGACUCUAAGCUGCGACCGGGCAGCGGCAGCCGCCAUGGCACGGCAGCAUGCCCGGACCCUGUGGUACGACAGGCCCAAGUAUGUGUUCAUGGAGUUUUGUGUUGAGGACAGCUCCGAUGUCCACGUGCUCAUCGAAGACCACCGCAUUGUGUUCAGCUGCAAGAACCCAGAUGGAGUGGAGUUUUACAAUGAGAUUGAGUUCUAUGCCAAGGUGAACUGCAAGGACUCUCAGGAUAAACGCUCUGGCCGCUCCAUCACUUGCUUUGUGAGGAAAUGGAAGGAGAAGGUGGCCUGGCCCCGGCUCACCAAGGAGGAUAUCAAGCCAGCGUGGUUGUCUGUGGACUUUGAUAACUGGAGAGACUGGGAAGGGGAUGAAGAAGUGGAGUUGGCUCAGGUGGAACAUUAUGCAGAGCUUUUGAAGAAGGUCAGCACCAAGAGCCCUCCCCCUGCAAUGGACGACCUGGAUGAUGAUUCUGACAGUGCUGACGCAAGAAGUAAUUAACUUUCUGUCACAGCAGAACCGGAGAGGAAGCUGUGGCUGUCUUCUAGUCACUCUGACAAGCUAGGGCCUGGGUCUUUGUCAGCUCUUUGCCUGGGCACCAGGGUCCUCUGGGAUCUCUGAACUUUCCGAAAAGCUCUUUAUUAAAGGUCCUCCUCAUGCUUUAUUUCUUCUUCCUAGGCACUUGACUGUGGCUGCUGCGGCUGUUGGCUGGAUAGAAAAGGAUUAGAGGGGUGGGACUUCUGACUUCUUACCAAUGAACUGUAAUCGUCCAGGCUUUCUUGAGUAUUCGAGGUGUGAGUGAGAGAGAGAGAGAGAGAGAGAGAGAGAGAGUGUGUGUGUGUGUGUGUGUGUGUGUGUGUGUGUGUGUAUGCGCAAAAGCCAAAGAAGCAGAUUAUAUAGAUUAUACUAAAUAUCUAGGAACCUUUCUCUGUCUCUUUCCUUCUUGUACCUCUUCCUCCUGGAGACAAGCCUCUUCCCCCUCUAUAGUGCCUCUCGAGUGGAGAAGCGGGUAUUGGAGAUCCUGGCCCUCACUCUUGCGAUCAGAAGAAGAAAGAUGUUGGGAACAGACUUGUAACCAAGCUAGGGGAUUCUCCAUGCUCAGAUCUAUGUGCUGAUCUUCAGAACAGAAACCAGCCUUUUACUUUAUGGCUAAUAUUGCCAUCUCUAGAACCAGCCAGAACCCCACAUCAGCUGCCUGCCUACUCCAGAAAUGUCUUUACACUUUUGGAGUUCCCCUUGUGGCUCAGCAGUAAUGAAUCCAACUAGUACCCAUGAAGAUGCAGGUUCCAUCCUUGGCCUUGCUCAGUGGGUUAAAGGAUCCAGUAUUGCCAUGAGCUGUGGUGUAGGUUGCAGACAUGGCUCAGAUCCUGCACUGCAGUGGCUGUGGUGUAGGCUGGCAGCUCUGAUUCGACACCUAGCCUGGGAACUUCCAUAUGCCACAUGUGUGGCCCUAAAACAAACAAACAAUUCAGAAUUCCGGAAAUAUCUUUACACUUUUAAAACUAAUUUUACGCAGUGCCCAUGUCUAUUCACUCUUCCAUUGAUCAGCUGUCCCAUUCAUCCACAAUCAUUUUUUAAGUGCCUAAUGUGUACUUAAACCGUGACUUAAGCAAAAUGCAAUACCUAGACUUUGCUCUUGAACUCAUGGUAAAGUACUGAGGUUUGUUAAAUUAAACAAGCAGAAUUUGUACUCUUUCAAUAGGCGUAAACACUGUUAACAGUUUCUUCAAUAAAUUUACAUAUGUUUAUCUAUA